GAUCUCAUCAAUCGCGAUUUGAUUUUUUCUCGCCGACUCCAAAAUUCAAGAAUUGAGAAUGGACAAGUCUUGGAUUACAAAACAUCGUAUAUCUCAAGACUACAUAAAUGGAGUCAAAGAGUUUUUGGAUUUUGCUUUUGGUUAUAGUAAGACAGAUAUGAUCAAAUGUCCUUGUCAGCGUUGUUUUCUUGUUAAAUACAAGAAUAGGACUGAGAUUGAGGGUGAUUUAGUCUGUCACGGUUUUCUGCCUACGUAUACAAAUUGGUAUCUCCAUGGUGAAGAACUGGAUUUUCAAGAGCAAGAAGUGAGACUAGAACAUGAAUCUGAUGAUGAUCAUGUUGAAAACCCGACUAUGAAUCUGCUUGGAGAUGUUUUUCCAAGUAUGAGUAAUAGUUUUUCCAAGUAUAAUAUCAAUGGCUUCAAGUUCAGAAUUAUAGAAAGGGAUCAAGACUUGAAAACUCAGAAUAGUGGAAUUUUUGUGUCAGCUGAAACCAUUAGUUAUGCAAGUUCUCGUGAUAUUAAUCCUAGAUCUGGAAAUGUUUCUUACUAUGGAAAAUUAACUGAAAUUCUAGAACUGAACUACUAUGAUUCAUUUAGAGUUGUGUUGUUCAAAUGUAAAUGGGUUGAUACUCGUGAUGCUCGAGGAUUUAAGAAGGAUCAGUUUGGUCACUCUAUGGUAAAUUUCUCUCGUUUGAUACACACUGGAAGUGGUGAGGAAGAUGAGCCUUAUGUGUUGGCUUCUCAGGCAAGAUUAGUGUAUUAUGUGGAAGAUCCACAAGAAAAAGAUUGGAGUGUUGUUGUUCACGUCCAACCAAGAGACUUGUAUGAUAUGGAAGAUCCUACUAGUUCAGAUGAAAUUCCUCCUCAAGUCGUCAUUGAAGAUCCUCCUAUUCAAAGUUCAAUGAUUAUAUCUGAUAAUGUUUCUGAUAUUAGAUUAGUGAGGCAAAUAGAAGAUCUUGAAAGUUCUCAGAUUCCAUCUGAUUUAUAUGAUAAUAUGGAGACUGAUUCUCAAGCUCCCCCUCCUCUUGGACCAGAAUUAGCUAGUGGAAAAUGGAGAGUUCGUGUCAUAGGUUCACUGAGUAAUGAUCUUAAUAUAUUACCUAUUAACUACACCGAUUGGAGGAAAGUUCCCAAUUACAGAAAAGAAAUGGCUUGGAAAGUGAUUCAGAAAAAGUUCUGGUUUGAUAAUCCAAGGAGGAGGAAGAAAUAUGUUUUAUCUGCAUUAGGAGUCAGAUGCAGAGACUUGAAACAACGCAUUUGGAUGAAGUACAGAAGAAAUACUAUAGAGGAAGCAUUUGAAGCAAGACCAGGACUAAUUCCUGAAGAUCAAUGGAAAGAAUUUGUGGAAAUGCAGUUCACUGAUAAGGCUAAGGAAGAGGAGACAGGCAAAGAACCAAAUCGAGCUGAACUUUUUAUUGCAUCAAGGACUAGAUCAGAUGGAAGUUUAUUGAGCAACGAAGCAAGAAUCUGUGAUGUCGUCUAAUGCUGAGAUUUUGGAGCUAAAGACCCGUUUGAAAGGACUUGAAGAUAAGCUAGAAAUCGUGACAGAUGCUCUUUUUGUUCUUGUUAAAUCGAAAACUGAAGGAAGAUACUGAAGUAAGUUCACAAGGGUACUAGAAGAAGAAGUGCAUAGAAAUUGGAUGA